AUUGACCCGAGCUGCAUCCCUGAUCUACCGCAACCUUGAAGAUGGCGACCCGGACCAUGCAAGCAGCGCGAUGCCCGACAGAUGAGCUGUCGCUGACUAACUGUGCCGUGGUGAACGAGAAGGAUCUGCAGUCAGGACAACACGUGACUGUGAAGACCACACCCAACCACAAGUUUGUGUUUACAGUCAAGACCCACCACACUGUGGCAGCUGGAAGCAUUGCCUUCAGCCUGCCGCAGAGGAAAUGGGCUGGCCUCUCCAUUGGUCAGGAGGUUGAAGUGUCAAACUACAACUUUGACAAGUCCAGGCAGUGCAUCGGCUCGAUGACAAUCGAAAUUGACUUCCUGCAAAAGAAGAGUACCGAUUCCUCUCCCUACGACUCCGACAAGAUGGCCGCCGAGUUUAUCCAACAGUUCAACAACCAGGCAUUCUCUGUUACCCAGCAGCUAGUGUUUAGUUUCUGCGACAAGCUGUUUGGCUUGAUGGUAAAGGAUAUCGAGGCCAUGGAUGCCAGCAUCCUCAGAGGAGAACCGGCCUCUGGAAAGAAAACGAAGAUCGACUGUGGGCUGAUGGUGGGCAACAGCCAGGUGAUUUUUGAGAAGGCAGAAAGUUCAUCCCUCACGCUAGUUGGUAAGGCAAAGACCAAGGAGGCACGACAGACAAUAAUCAACCCAGAGUGGAACUUUGAGAAGAUGGGAAUUGGAGGUCUGGACAGGGAAUUCUCCGACAUUUUCCGCAGAGCCUUUGCUUCCCGAGUCUUCCCUCCAGACAUUGUGGAGCAGAUGGGUUGUAAGCACGUGAAGGGCAUCCUGCUGUUUGGGCCUCCAGGCUGUGGUAAAACACUGAUGGCCAGGCAGAUUGGCAAGAUGCUUAACGCUCGCGAGCCAAAGGUUGUCAACGGCCCAGAGAUCCUAAACAAGUACGUAGGAGAGUCUGAGGCCAACAUCCGCAAACUGUUCGCCGAUGCAGAGGAGGAGCAGAAGAGGCUGGGAGCCAACAGUGGCCUUCAUAUCAUUAUCUUUGAUGAGCUGGAUGCCAUCUGCAAGCAGAGAGGCACAGGCGCCAGCAGCACGGGCGUGCACGACACCGUGGUCAACCAGCUCCUGUCUAAGAUUGAUGGUGUGGAGCAACUUAACAACAUCCUGGUCAUUGGUAUGACCAACAGGCCUGACCUGAUAGAUGAUGCCCUGAUGAGGCCUGGCAGGUUUGAGGUCAAGAUGGAAAUUAGUCUGCCUGAUGAGAAGGGGCGUGUCCAGAUCCUGACCAUCCACACCAACAAGAUGAAAAGCUUCGACCUGCUGGCUCCUGAUGUCGACAUCAAGGAACUGGCAGCCGAAACUAAGAACUACAGUGGUGCAGAGCUAGAGGGGCUGGUCAGGGCUGCUCAGUCAACUGCCAUGAACCGACACAUCAAGGCCACAUCUACAGUGGAAGUGGACAUGGAGAGGGCAGAGAAGCUGCAGGUCACCAGAGAUGACUUCAUGGGAUCCCUUAACAAUGACAUAAAACCGGCGUUUGGUACAAACCAGGAGGAUUACUCCAGCUACAUCAUGAACAGCAUCAUCAAAUGGGGUGACCCAGUCACUCAUGUGCUGGAUGAUGGAGAGCUGCUGGUACAGCAGACCAAAAACAGUGAUCGCACACCACUGGUGGCUGUCUUAUUGGAGGGUCCACCCCACAGUGGAAAGACAGCCUUGGCAGCUAAGAUUGCAGAGGACUCGCAGUUCCCCUUCAUUAAGAUCUGCUCUCCAGACAAGAUGAUUGGAUUCUCAGAGAUCUCUAAGUGCCAGGCAAUCAAAAAGGUCUUUGAUGAUGCUUAUAAGUCACAGCUCAGCUGUGUGGUGGUGGAUGACAUUGAGCGUCUGCUGGACUACGUACCCAUUGGGCCUCGUUUCUCUAACCUGGUACUUCAGGCUCUGCUGGUGUUGCUGAAGAAAGCUCCGCCAAAGGGUCGGAAGCUCCUCAUCAUCGGCACCACCAGCAGGAAGGACGUGCUGCAGGAGAUGGAGAUGUUGGACGCCUUCAGCACCACAAUCCACAUCCCCAACAUCUCUACUGGGGAGCAGCUAGUUGACGCUUUAGAGCUGCUGGGGAGCUUCUCAAAUAAAGAGCGGGCCAGCAUCGCGCAGCAGCUCAAAGGGAAGCGAGUCUGGAUCGGCAUCAAGAAACUCAUCGUGCUCAUCGAAAUGUCACUGCAGAUGGACCCGGAUUACAGAGUGAGCAAGUUCCUGUCUCUGCUCCGAGACGAGGGGGCGUUGAAUGAAGGCGAUCAAAUCCGAAUUUAAGCUGUUGGUCACUCUUGCUGUGCACUGUGAUCGCAGCUUCUAUGAGUAGCGGGGCUAGAGGAAGGAAGCGUGCAUCUUGCCAUCAACAUGCCACCCAUGGGACGAAAUGAGGAAGAGGAGGAGGAGGAUAAGAAGAAGAAGGAAAGAUCCGUCUGUCUGUCAAUCUAAAUACACACCUGGUCAAAGAGAGGAGCACACAAGUCCUCUUUAUCUCAGCAUGUUUACGUAGGCAAUAUCACUGUAUCACCGUCCUCCCACUCUUCACCAUCAUCAUCAACUGCACUGACAUAUCACACCAAACUACUGGAAGUCCUACUGUUAAAAAUCUGUUAUCUGUAAAGAAACUGCAAUAGAUGAUUGUAAAAAGUGCUGUUUUGUGCAUCGUGCGUAAAAAGAAAAAAGCCAUGUAUGUUUUUAGCCAGAGCAUUUGUUGUAUUUGUUGCAUAUCUCUUGUCCUGCUAAAGAUAGUUGUUGUUAGCGCGUAUGUAUCCUCACAAACACAAGCAGUAGUAACAGAAUCCACCUAAAACUGACACAAACCCGAAGCCCUUUGAAUAUUUAAGAUGUGAAUCUAUGAGAGGCUUUUAGUGACUUUGUUGUGGCUGUAAAAAAGAAGCUGUUCCAUGUGUAAAUGUAAACCCUUUAAAUAUACAGUAUGUAACUUGUUCAUGUUCUGUAAAUAGUAUAUAUAGACAAAUUGCAGUAUAUCAUGAAAACAAUUUAAAUGAUCAAUCAGAAGUCUUUCUAUCGGUAUAUUUCUUCUUCCCUACUGCUGAGAUAUUGAUGAUACCAGGUUACUGUAAUAGUGAAAGUUAAUGUUGGAUAGUUGGCCUGUCUGUCUGUGUUGUGUACAGUACAGUUCAGUCUAGCUAGUGUAGCUAUGGCACCAUCAGUGUUAAAGAUUAAAAAUUAUUCUGCACUUCUAACAUCAACUCAAAUGACCUUUAGUACUUAUCUCGGCGGUUAUUAGUGGGAACUCCAGUUUGUGUCCGCUCGUGUGCAUGUGUGGGGAACUAAGUGCUGCACGUGUCCAGUGUGUAAGAGCGUGUGUGAGUGUGUGUGUGUGUGUGUGUGUGUGUAGUGGCAGAACGUACUUUUGAAUGUGCGCAUGUGUGUGUUUAAGUGUGCGCGUGUGCAUCUGAAUCCAGGUUAAGACAGUCAUGUGGUUCAUUUGUGGGGGGUUUCUCAUGUCGCUUGUUCAGUGCUUAUUGUCCAAAGCUAUUCUUUUGUUCUGACCAUUGAAGAUGUGUAUGUUGUGUGUGUGUGUGUGUGUGUGUAAAUAUAUA